CCGGGCCGAGCCGAGGCGGGUCGCCCGCCGUUCCCCGCCGUUCCGCUGCCUUGCCGCCCCCGGACGGCGGGGCGAGGGGAGCGGGGUCAGCCCGAAGGUGCCCCCAGAAAGCCGCUUCCCCGGCUACCAGCGCUCGGGGAAGGCGGCCGCGAACGGCGGUUUCGGUCCGAGGAGGGUCCGGCCCGUCUGUGGUGAGGGGCGCCCCGAGGCCGGCGCCAUCCCAGCGCCGCCGGCACCCCGGCCGAGCGACCCGGCCAUGUCCCCCGGUAGCAGCCGGUGGCCGGUUCGCUUGCUGGCGGUCACCUGCCUGGUGGCCGGCCCGUCCCUGGCUCAGGAGUGCUCCGCGGAGAAAAUGGAAGAUACCAUCAUCGAUAUCAACUUCUCUCUGGCCCAAGGCAUCCGGGGCGCGGAGCCAGCCUACGCCCCGACCGCGGGGGCCUGCGUUCGCGCUUGCUGCUCGGGGGAGAAGCUCUCAGGAGACAAGAAGUGCAAUUUGAUGAUUUUUGACGCUCGAAGGACAAGCGCACAUCCAAACUGCUACCUGUUUCACUGCCCUAGCACAGAGGCUUGCCCGAUGAAACCCGUGACAGGAUUUGUGAGCUACAAGAUAACGAGAGACACCCAUGCGUCAGAGGAUACAACCUUCAAAAGUGAGGACUUUUCUUCAAAUGGGUAUUCUUUGUCUUUGGAUGCUGGAGCCUUUAUUUCUCAUAGUCAGACUAGCCAUCAGAAUCCUACUGCUGCUUUGCAACAAUCUGUCUUUCAUCAGGCAUCUGAACUCCUGAACCACGUGGGCAAGCAUUUAGACAACGCCGAAGUUCAUACCGUUUUUCCUGAAUCUCAAAGGGCAAAACAUCCUGAGAGCUUAGACCCCUACCCAAGGCAGAAAGUAAUUAACCUGCCGCCAAAGACGUCUUCUGCUGUUCAAAUUGGAAACCUCUCUGCUUCGUUCCCCACCACUCAGUCUAGCGCUCCUGAACACAGCAGUACUACUCUUACUCCGCUGCCUACAAGUACCACCCGACUGGAGUCUCGUACAACCUCUCUGCAUCCUCAUGGUGCUGAACCUACUCCCGUCACCACCACCACCACCACAGCUACCUUUCCACCUACCGCGACUGCUAGAGCUAAACCUGGUGUCCCUGCCACCAGCAUCGCCACUACUCGUGUUCCUCUUUCCAGUCCCACAACUUCCUCUACUUCUACAAUCAAGCAGAUGACCACGAAUUCCAGAUCUGCUACCACCCCGUUGGGGCUAAGAACUUCAGCCGUGCCUCCUGAGCCAACAGUUGUCUCUUCCAACAAUACCAGCCAGGUUACCCUCCUCUCUUUUUCAGGUUUCGCUCCGUCUACUAGUGAUUCCCCCAUGGCUUCCCAAAAUGAGCCUCAGGGUUAUGACCCCUCUGAUUCAGGAAGCUACCUGCCAGAGAGUGUUCUGAGAGGGAAAGGUGUCGUUCAGCUGGGAGAAAAAAGCAGCCUUGUAGCAGCUUUGCUUUUUGGGGUGAUAUUCCUGUUGCUAGUUAUUGCACUGACAGGGAAGAAAAUAAGCGAAUCUCUUCAGAAAAGGCAUUAUACCAGGCUGGAUUACUUGAUCAAUGGAAUGUAUGCUGAUGUAUGACGGGGAGAGGGAAUAAGAUUGUAAGGAGCAUCUGUCAUCUUUGAGAGGACAACUAUGAAAUGGAACAGUAGAUACUGAAAUCUCAGAAGAGGAUAGAUUUGGGGUUUGGCUGCUAAUGGGAAAGCGGCAGAUGGCUUUGGUGGGGAAGAGAACUGCUCUUUCUACGCUGAACUGUAAUGUCUAUCAUUUUUCAUUUAUUACUAAAUCCUGAAAAUAAACACUCAAAUCCAAGUUAA